GGCUUAGCCCUUGGGUUUUCUUUUCAAAGCCCCUCUUAACGUGAGCUAGAGGCUUCCACGGGACGGCUUUUCUCGAGUUCUUAUCAGCUCCUCCUCCAGGCUGGUAAUGCUUGGUGGCGGUUUGGAACUGGCAACCUUUUGAGGUCCGCAUAGCAUGCUUAUCGCAGCAGGCAGGCCUGAGCGACAUUUGUUCUCCAGAAAAUGUGUCUGUUCAGAUGUGUCGAAGCCCCUCUUAACGCGAGCUAAAGGCUUCCACGGGACGGCUUUUCUCGAGUUCUUAUCAGCUCCUCCUCCAGGCUGGUAAUGCUUGGUGGCGGUUUGGAACUGGCGUCCAUGUGUCAUUUUUCAGUGGUAUGCUGCCAGGCAUGCCAGCCAGUUUAUGGCAGUCCAGAACCAGUGCCCGGCACUUUCAGGUGUCUGGGUGAAUGGGGGUUGGGAAGUACCUCUACCUUCGUGCCCGUCGGCAUUUGUACAAUGGAAACUGUGGAGUAGUUCCGCGUGUCAUUUCUCAGGGGUUUACUGCCAGCCAGUUUAUGCAGCCGGGAACCCUUCGCUCAUCGCCAUUCGAUCCAAUCCGUCGGUUCAAUAGCAUCAGUCAAGGCGUUGUUGUCAUUGAUUGGUAUCGCGGUGACACAAGAUGCACGCAUGAUUCUGAUGUCGACACGCGCUGUGUCGACAAUUCCGGUGUCAAUGCGCUGUAGCGACGAUUUUGGUGUUGAUGCGCUAUAUCGCCGAGCGGAGUUGAUGCGCUGUAUUGACGAUUCUAUUGACGAUUGUGGUGUCGAUGUGCUCGGUGCGCUGUAUCGACGAUUGUGGUGUCGAUGCGCUCGAUGCGCUGUAUCGACGACUGUGGUGUCGAUGUGCUCGAUGCGCUGUAUCGACGAUUGUGGUGUCGAUGCGCUGUAUCGACGAUUGUGGUGUCGAUGCGCUGUAUCGACGAUUGUGGUGUCGAUGCGCUGUAUCCACGAUUGUGGUGUAGAUGCGCUGUAUCGCCGAGCCGAGUCAUGUUACCAGGCCUACUUUCAAUGCCUUUUCAUGGCUAUAGAAAAAAUCCCAAGUCUCCAAUUAAGCGUUUCAAGCGGAGCACGAGCAGCCAUGGCUUUUACUGACGCCGGACAUUCCAGAGAUGAAGGGGUGUGGAAUCUGUGGAUGAUGCGAACAGGCAAAGCUUGAGCUGAGCGUUGAAAGGGUAAGAGGUAAACCAAAUGGAAGUGAGUGUCGAUGCUUUCUGCAAGGGCAAAUUUGGAAUUGAACACUUCCAGCAAGGGUAAUUGUGGAAAGGAAGGGAAGGGGAAAGGGAGUGUGUUGUAAAUCUCAAGCCUAGAGUUUGAAAGGGUCAGAGGUAAACCAGAAUGGAGUGAGUGUCGACACUUUCUGCAAGGGCAAAUUUGGAAUUUAACAGUUUCGGCAAGGGCGAAUUUGGAAUUGAAUACUUCCUGCAAGGGCAAAUUUGGAAUUGAAUACUUCCUGCAAGGGUAAAUUUGGAAUUGAAUACUUCCUGCAAGGGUAAAUUUGGAAUUAGAUAUUUCCUGCAAGGAUAAAUUUGGAAUUGAAUACUUCCUGCAAGGGUAAAUUUGGAAUUGAAUACCUCCAGCAAGGGUAAAUGUGGGAUUGAAUACCUCCAGCAAGGGUUGAUGUGGAAAAGAAGCAGAAGCGGAAGCUGUAUCAUCUAUGCUGCGGCGAAAGAGGUAGGCGCUGAAGUGAGAAAACACGUGAAACGGGGCAUGGUGGGGGCAGGAAAAUGGAUGAGCUAGUGAUGGUAGUGAGCGGAAAUAGGAAUAUGUCGUGGAGGCGAAGGAAUAGGAAUAUGUCUUGCAGGUGAAGGAAUAGACAGCCAGCCGCAAAAGAGACAAGAAGAAGACACGCAGUAGCUGAUCUGUCGUCAAAAAAGAAAGAAGGAAAUCUCAGAUCUGGGACAGGAAUUUCGCUCUGCCAUCCCGAGUUCUCGUGAGCGGGGAAAUCUGAUGUGAGGUCUACCAUAAGGUGGAAGGCCACUGAUAAGAUCUGAGUAAGAAAGAAGGCUGGCAAAUGUGAAGCCGAGCUGAAGGAAUGAAAAUGCCACGGAGCCCAGCACUACCUGAUCUUUCCACAAAGGAAGAGAGAAAUUGCAGACGCCACGGAGAUCAGGACUACCUGAUGUUUCCACAAAUUGAAAGAAGUGACAGACUAUAAUCAAGUUGGGGUUCGAACCCCAAGAGGAUCAACAGUAAGAGGACAUGUGGACAGGAGUCUGUCUGAGUUUUCCUAAGGUGGAAACCCUCGAGCUGAGCAGGGCAUUACAUAGAUCGACAUGACCUCCAAGCAAUGAAGAAUGAAAGGAUUC